UUGCAUUCUCAUACAAGCUCCGCCAUUGCCAAACUCCCUCUCUCACACACACACACGAUUCAAGCAGGCCAGUCUAUCUCCAACAUCUUGCUUCAAUUUUACCAGCCGGAUUCCGGUGAUUGCAUGGAAUUGUAGGAGCCCUACAUUCCUGUAAACACAGAGCACCACGCGAAUAAAAAGGAUCAGUUCCAAGGGCUCCUUACAACUCCAACAAAUUUAUCUUCAUUGAAGGUCUGAUUUCAGUAAGAUGGGAGAAAUGUCGAGCUUCCAAUUGGGUGUUAUCGGGGCCCUGUUUCUUUCAGUGGCAUCAUCUGUCUCCAUUGUCAUUUGCAACAAAGCUUUAAUGAGCAAUCUUGGGUUCCCAUUUGCUACAACUCUCACUAGUUGGCACCUCAUAGUAACAUUCUGCACACUUCAUGCGGCACAACGUUUCCAUUUCUUUGAUGCCAAGGCCAUUGACAUGAAGACUGUGAUGCUCUUUGGAAUUCUAAAUGGUGUUUCUAUCGGACUUCUCAACUUGAGCCUGGGAUUCAAUUCCAUCGGUUUCUACCAGAUGACCAAACUUGCAAUCAUACCAUUCACUGUCCUAUUGGAAACUCUGUUCCUGAAAAAGCAAUUCAGCCAGAAGAUAAAGCUUUCACUCCUUGUGUUGCUUGGUGGAGUUGCCAUUGCCUCUGUGACAGAUCUCCAGCUCAAUUUCGUUGGAACAAUUCUCUCUCUCCUAGCCAUCGUAACAACCUGCGUUGGGCAAAUUCUGACAAAUACAAUACAGAAGAGGUUGAAUGUGUCUUCCACACAGCUGCUUUACCAGUCCGCCCCAUUUCAAGCAGCCAUUCUCUUUGUCUCAGGCCCCUUUGUAGAUCAUUUCCUCACCAAAAAGAAUGUGUUUGCAUACAAGUAUUCUUCAAUAGUCUUGGCAUUCAUUAUCCUUUCAUGCAUUAUAUCAGUGUCCGUGAACUUCAGCACGUUCAUGGUUAUUGGCAAGACCUCACCAGUCACAUAUCAAGUGCUUGGACACCUCAAGACUUGCCUUGUUCUUGCCUUUGGGUAUACUCUGCUGCAUGACCCUUUCACGAUUAGAAACAUCAUUGGAAUACUUGUUGCUAUUAUUGGCAUGGGCUUAUAUUCAUAUUUCUGCGUCCAAGACAACAAAAAGAAACAAUCAGUUGACCUUUCUCUAGCUUCUCAGAUGAAAGACAAGGAUAGCACUCCACUCCUGGGCAUGCCAGACAAAGAAGGUCACGAGGCAAAGAAAUCAACAAAGGUCUCCCUUGUUUAAUUAAAAUGAAUAGGCUUAAUUUGUGAAAAAGAGAAAAGCUUCAUGUAUGAUCAGGUGUUUGUUCUCCCAGAAACAAUUUGUUGAUCGAGUAUAAAAUGAUCUUGAUUCUUUCAAUAAACAGUACCCUUUCACUGUUA